UUUAAGAGGCGGGGUUGCAGUCGGAGGACGGGCGGAGCGGGACUGCCCCUUUAAGAGGGUGACGCCGCGUUCCCAGCGGUGCUCCCACGGCGGGCGAAGCGAGCGAGCGAGCGAUGGCGCUGAACGGAGCGGCCGAUGUAGGCCGCGGUAGUGUGUUGAUGUCACAGGAUCAUGUGGAGCUGUCGUUCACUGACGUCGGCAACAAUGUGGAAGCUUUCAGAGGCUCAAGGAAGGGAACUAUUUACCUGAUGUCCUACCAACUAAUCUUUGUGGCAAAAGAUAGCAGAGAAGCACUGAAAUCAUUCACAAUGCCGUUUUACUUGAUGAAUGGAUGCGAGAUUAAACAACCAGUCCUUGGGGCAAACUACAUCAAAGGCACCAUCAAUGCCGAGCCAAAUGGAGGAUGGCAAGGUUGUGCGACCUUUAAACUUACCUUCAUCAACGGAGGAGCCAUCGAAUUUGGCCAGCUGAUGUUACAGACAGCUCAACAGGCUUCCAGGGGCACAGUCCAAUCAGAUGUAUGCUGCUACAACUUCAUGCCAAACAGUGUAGGUGUAAUGGCACCACCCAUGGAGGUGCCAAUGUACCCUCCAGCACCAUCUGCCAUGUUUGUUUACCCGCCCCCACCUCCAGUGGGAUUUUACCCAGGACCACCUCCCACAGAGCGUACAAUGAACUAUAUGCCACCGCCCCCUUAUCCUGGACCAAUGACCCUUCCUGCGGGAGAUGGAGGGCAACAGAUGCCUACAGCACCAGUGAAUUUUGCAGAAGGGGAUAGAGGUGUAAACAGGAGGCUGCCAAACCCUCCCAUUACGCAUGUGCCCAUGGAGCAGCCCCCUCCAUACUCGGCAUAUGCCAAGAGCCAGUGACAGCAGGGUGAUGAACUGGUAACUGCAAUGCAUCGACCCACAACAUGCCCCUUCCACACUGCUCUCAACCCAUAACAAUAACCAUUCAACUGGAGAUCACAGGAAGGCGGCGAUUCAACCUAUCACAUCUGUGCGGACUCUAUCUAAGAGCAAUCUAGCAAUUGUUUGUCACUACAACUCCGUGAAUACUUUAUAUUUCAUGCCAGCUCCCUUCUGAACACAACAGAAGGACCUGUCUCCCUAUGUUAGUGCAUUCCAACGCCCAAAAUACUCGCUAUAUAAGUAAGGGUUUACUUGUGUUAAUUUUAAUUAUUUUGUGAAUCAUUCAUUCUGAUAGCUCCCCCGAUAGAGCAAAUUAAAAAAACUUAUUUAUGCACUCUG